AUGUUUCGAAAUCGAGUCACUCAAAUCAUCAGAGCUGCAUCUUCUAAGCCCGAGAAAAUCUUUUCCUCUCAACUUUCAAAACUCUCAAAAGGCGAGAAACUAACGCAAGAAUUGCAAGUUCUCCAGUUCGACGAAAAGCGCGAUCUCUUCAGAAGAAAUCGAAAGAAGCGCGUUCAAACUCGAGAUUUGGAGAAUCAAUACGACUUGCUUCAGAAUUUGGAGAGAACAGGAAUUAUCAGAAAUCACUGGCCACUGCAUGAAGCGAAGAAGAUCAAUCAAUGGGUUAACAAUCACGCGAGGAAGAUUGUUGUUGUUUUUGAUGUUUCAAAGGCGUUUACGAUGAGAGAUGCUGUUUCAGUGACAGCUCUUCUUCUGGCAGGCGAAUUAGGCCACAAGCCAUUAAUUCUCCUUGACGAUCGAAAAAUCCGCAACAGAAAAGCACACCGCUCGGCCGUAGAAUCUAUUCUUCGCCCAGUCGCCCGAAUCUACAAAAACUUUCUUCUUUCUUCCUGGUUCCCCAAGUCAAAGUAUUACAAUUUUCCAGAAAUAACAUUCCGACUUGCUUCAAAUUCAAAAGAUGACUUUAAAAAUGUCAAAAAAUUAACAAAUGAACUGGUUUCGGACGAAACAGCAGAAGCUGCCGCCGUAAUUUCAAAUCUUAAUCUUUCUGACGGGGCCUAUGUCUUUCUGAUCGACGACAGAAACACAACUUUCACUCAAGAAGCAUUCGAAGUCGCAGAAAUUAUGAACGAAUUUUCGCCCAAAAAAGCCCUUCGUUCGAAUAUCUGGUUUGAAUUGGAUUCCUCGCUAUUCAAUGAUUUUACAGAAGACUAUCUUUUGAAUGAAGAAGUUCAGCCGUAUGGAGUCAAAGAUUUCAUUUGGAAGCGAUUGUAUAAAGAAGAUAAAGAAGGCUGCAAGAAGAUUCUGAGGAAACUGACGGUAGCGAACGAAGAUCAAAUUAAGAGGCAUAUUAUGAAUGUUCAAGGUUUGGUCCGAUACCCUAAUACAGAUAAUAACGAUUAUUUGCUCAAAAACUCGUUUAUUUCCAAUUUCAAUAAUUAUCAGACCAUUCUACGAGGCGAAACCCGUCGCGAACUAGGAAUCAAGCUCUCCAAAAACAAGCUCCUUCAUCAAGUCACAGAUGAAAUCCUCAGGUCCCUCCUAGGAGCGGAAGAAGUGGAACACGCGCGACUGACGCAUCUUGCUCUGGAAGGCGAUUUUAGUGCGAUUUCUGUGCUCGAUGACGAUCAAAUCGCGCUGAUUACUGCGAAAGUCGAUACAUAUGAUUGGAAAAAGCAGGCGGAUUAUUCAUUCAGAGAAUUUUUAAUUGAAUCUGGGCUUAUGUCUUCAAAUGAAAUCGACGCUGAAGAAAAGCUGUGGCGAUCAGUAAAAUCAUCUCGUCCAAGAAUCAAUGGAAUCCCUAUUUCUGAUGCGGAUCAAAUUUUUAUCUGGGACUGGAUGAUUCUUCCGAAUAACUUAAGUUUCGUCAAUUUCAAGGCGAAUGCGGCAGUUUCAAGCGAUCAAAUGCACAGGAAACUCGCCUUUGCCUCCCUAGUGGGCGCAAUUCUGGCGCAAGAGAAUGUCCCACUCUCCGGGGUGAGCAUAGACGCUUAUGCGUCCGAUGAAUAUUGCCAGAACAACUGGGGAAAUUGCGGUAGCUGUUGGACCUGUACCUACUCUGCUGACAGUAAUGGCGUCGUUGGUGGCGCGGAUUGCUUCAAUGAGGAUGGUGGAGAUGCGAUGAGCGUGGACCAAGUUCGGCUUCGAAAGCAAUAUUGCAUCAAUGGCACUGAUAGCAGUGUCUACGAAGGAAAUAUAAAUGAAUUCGGUGUCAUGGAAUGCGAUGGAACUGAUGAAGAAUACAUUAGCUACUGUUCCGUUUACAAUCGAAUGCGCAGGUCGAGUAAUUAUUGGCUUUUCACGAUUACUAGAAGCGUUGUGGCGGUGAAAAGAUCGAACGAAGACAAACUCCCAUUGGUACAACCAGGCGUCGGAUAUCCAGUGUAUUCCUUUUGGAAUGCAAAGUCUGUUUGUCGUGGUGACGACUGUAAUGACAGAACUAUCAAUCAGAAAAAUUCUGACCUUGAAGAGUAUGAACCUGGCACCGGUGGUGGUGAUAUAGAUGGAAGCGGCGGUGGAGAUAUUGAUGAUCUAGGGACCAACACUUGUUUUGUCUGCGCGGACUGCUGGGAAACAACUCUUGUCGAUCCCAUAACGUGCCCAAAAGAUUACCCCUAUUGCCACAUAACUGUCACAGGCACAUGGGAUGCGACAACGGGGAUUUCCAGAAAUUGCUCCAACCAAGAUCUAGGAACACUUCGUUCUGAUACUCUCACAGAUCAGAGUGAAAGGAACAUCUGUGAACCGGGAAAUGUUCCGUGCAACGCUUUCAACAUGCCCUUCAACUACAUCGAAGAUCUUCCUAUCCCGAGUCGUCAAGACUUCUCCCGACCUUUGGGCGAGAACGAGAAGAAAUUCAUGUGCGGCGGAUUGGAGGACAAUUGCAUCAGUUGCUACACAUGUGUAGAUAGCUCGGAUCCUUUCAAUUCUUGCACGACGAUGCCAGAAUAUAAUCAACCAGAACCACCUACUUUUCUGCGAGUUGUCUACGACUCAGAUGCUGGUGUAUUCUUGCAAAAUGUAUGUACGUUGACUGUCCUUAGAUCCGUCUCUGGAGAAGGUCUUCCAGAAGUAAUGAUAAAACGAAAUGUUGUUCAAGUCAAAGUCGAUCAAGACGUACCGGCUUACAUAAAUGACGAGACAGUAUCAAUAAUUGGUUGCAGCGGAAACUACUGCAAUGGAAAUCUUCGGGAUCGGCCAAAUACUGACACGCAAUGCUUCCGUUGUCAAGCAAAUUCGACCUCUGAUCCGACAAAUCCUUGUAUUACAGGAGAUUUGGACGCUUACGAAGAUCCUGCCGUCAGAUGUGCGAGUGGUCUUUGCAAAACUGUAACUUAUGGAGAGAUCAUCCGAAGAGAUUGUGCGACCCAAGAAGAUUUUUGGACUGGAUCCAUCAUCCGGCGAUGUCAAUGUGACUUCUGGUAG